UUCAUAUACUUGACGUCAGCUCGAAUAGCCUUUUAAAUUCUUAUCAAUAAAAACUUCAGAGGUUACGUAGGCUCUAAGAACAAUUGUAAUCAAAUUUUAUACUUGGUGCAUCGUUGUGUAUUAACUAUGACAGCCAUUCGUGAGUUUGCGUUACAGGAUCUAUUUAAAUUUAAUCGCAUUGUCUUUGAUCAACUGACCGAAGUUUACUCACUUGAAUUUUUUUUAAAUAAAUUUCUGAAAUAUCCAUUUUUGUCUGAAGUGGCCACUGCACCUGACGGACAGAUCAUGGGAUUUCUAAUCGGUUGUCGUAUCAUUGACAGUGAUAAUCGAGUCGGCGACACAAAGCAUUUUGAUUUCAAUAAUAACCAUGGUCAUGUCAGUGUUCUCUCCAUUGAUCAUAGGUAUCGUUGCUUGGGACUGGGGACAAUUUUAAUGAACUUGUUUAAAGCCAAGCUGGACCUCAAAAACGAUUUGUUCGUGGAUCUCUAUGUGCGUAGACGAAAUGCUCAAGCUGUUCGACUUUACAUGUCCUUGGGCUUUGCUAUCUGGCGUGAGCUACCUCGUUACUAUAGGGAUGACAUCGGCUAUGAAAUGAGAUUGCCGCUGACUCGAGAUGUGAAUCGCAAGUGCUUAAAUCAGCCGAAAUCAAAACUGGGCAAUCUCUAUUCUAUUGGACAUCAGUUACUAGAAAUGCCGAUGAACUAUCUGGUUAGACUUAUGAAUGCCCUAUGUAGCCUUAUGAUGAAAUGACAAUAUGUAUUGAAAAUUCGAUGAAAUUCAUGAACAUUACAUAAAUAAUAUUCACUCGUUUGAAAUGAUCAAAAUCUUAUUGUUAAA